CUGUUUACCUAUGAGUAGAGUUGUACAAGGCUGGGACAGUGUACUUUAAACAGAGGCCCAUUGUAGCUUUGGUGAAGUAGGUUUGGUCAAACAGUAGUAUAACAGAUGUGAAAUGGCUAUUUAGUUGAGGUGCUGAUAUCGUUUCAGUUACAUCACUUGCUCUGAGACCUUGCAGUGGUUUCUCUUGGUCAUCAAAGUCUGCUGCUUUUGUGGGGGGAUGGUAAGAACCAGGGCCGUAGCUAAAGCGGUGAAAGGUGGGUAUGAUUCACGGGGCCCAUGGCAUUGCAGAGCCCACACAAAAUAAUGUUAAAGUCAUCUCCAUAAGGUCACUUUUUGCAAGUGGAGAUGAGGAACACAUGGAACUGGAAACCCAUAUGUGGGUAUUGCACAGUUAACUAGUUGUACAGGCCAAACUAGAAAUCCAGAAUGUUGAUAAAGGUGGUCACGAAUUUAACAGCUGCGAGAGUCAGUACAGGGAAUACAUAUAUCUUUUUAGGCUUUUGACAUCAUUACGUGCACUGGGACGUAUAUCACGUGUAGUUCCCCCCUCUUUAUCGUGAGGUAACUAUUUCCCACGUCCAAUAGUGGGCGGCAAAACACAAUUUGGAAUGCAAUCCUGCUUAAGGGAAGAAGGGAGCGUGAGAAAUUUGGUCGCAGUCACGCGGUGUCUCCUCUCUUACCCGGAGCAACACAGAGCACUGUGAAUAUGGCGGAUGCGGAAGGGGAGUCGCUGGAAUCAUGGCUCAACAAAGCCACCAACCCCUCCAACAGGCAGGAAGACUGGGAGUACAUCAUGGGAUUCUGUGAUCAAAUCAAUAAGGAGUUGGAGGGUCCACAGAUUGCUGUGCGAUUGUUAGCUCAUAAAAUCCAGUCCCCGCAAGAAUGGGAGGCAAUACAGGCCUUAAUGGUUUUAGAGGCUUGCAUGAAGAACUGUGGUAAACGAUUUCAUAACGAAGUUGGGAAAUUUAGGUUUCUAAAUGAACUCAUCAAAGUAGUGUCACCUAAAUAUCUAGGCGACAGAGUAUCGGAAGUAGUGAAGAAGAGAGUAGUAGACAUGCUCUUUAGCUGGACACUCUCUUUACCCGAGGAGGCAAAAAUCAGCGAAGCUUAUCAAAUGCUUAAAAAACAAGGUAUUGUCACAGAUGACCCGGAGAUUCCUCUGGAUAAGACCCUAAUGCCGUCGCCCCCCCCACGGCCCAAGAACCCUGUGUUUGAGAACGAAGAGAAGAGUAAGCGACUGGCCGAGCUUCUGAAGAGCAAAAAGCCCGAGGAUUUGCAGGAGGCCAACCGCCUCAUCAAAAACAUGGUCAAAGAGGAUGAGGUGAGGAGGCAGAGGGCGGCCAAGCGCAGUAGCACCCUGGAAGAGGUCAACAACAGUGUUAAGCUGCUAAACGAGAUGCUCAGCCACUUCAGCAGGGAACAGUCAACAGACGGAGACAAGGAGCUCAUCAAGGAGCUUUACGGUGACUGUGACAAGCUCAGAGGGACUGUGUUCAAGCUGGCCACAGAGACCGAGGACAAUGACAGCAGCUUAGUGGACAUCCUGCAGGCCAGCGACGAUCUCUCACGUGUCAUCAACUCUUAUAAAAGAAUCGUGGAGGGACAAACCGUGAAUGGAGAGUCGGAGUCCAUUGGACACCCAGCUGCACAAUGUACCAAAGACAGUAACCAGUCUGAGAUCCUGAUAGACUUGGCUGGCCUGGACCUCCAAAGCCCCACCCCACCAGAGCAGCCUCCUGUAGCCCAACACCCUGACCUCAUCCCGGCAGACCUGCUGUAUGGCCCUGCCCCCCUCCAGGAGCUCUCUGCCUGCCCAGCUAUGGAGGACCCAAUCCCUAGCAAACCCUCCACAGCACUCUCCCUCCUUGAUGAGGAGCUCCUUUCUCUAGGCCUUAACGACCCAGUUUCUGCUUUGAGCGAUCAAAUUGUGAAUACACAGAAAGAUGACAACUUGAAUCAUUUGUGGACGACAUCUUUACAGGCUCAGAGCCCAGGAUUGGACUUGUUUGGCAGCUGUCUUCUCCCAGCUCCUCAGUUCUCUACAGCUUCAACCACAACUGCUGGUUUGGACCUGUUCCAAGCUUCUACUGUGGAGUCUGCUUCAACAAAUGUCCAUUACCCAGAAUCCUCUGGGAUGGCUUCCUUCCCCUAUCCCAGUGCUGCUGCCCAAGCAGUGUCUGCUUCCCUAAACCACAGUCUGCAAGACCUGGCCAUGCUGGACUUGGGCAGUCCCCUGAGCAUGCCUGGUGUGAUCAACGCUGGUGACCUGUUUGGGAUGGGUGAUACUACGGGGGCAACUGCCUCCCCCUGCCUGGGAAUCCCUCCCUCCAGGUCUAGCCCUCUCCCCCUGGGCAUCUCACCUGCUGCUGCUGCCCAUACAUCGUCCCCCAAAACCCAGGCUGAUGACAGCCCCCUCCUCCGCUCUCUGUCCCCUGUCCCUCUGGGGCAGAUUAGCCCAGCUAAGACCCCUGCGAUCUCCUUAAGUAACGUUCACGUCCCCCUGGACACCAUAAACCCGAGCAAGGUGUGUCCUGUGACGGCCUACGAUAAAAACGGGGUCCGCGUUCUCCUGCACUUUGCCACCGACUGCCCGCCGGGUCGCCCAGACGUGCUGGUAAUGGUGGUGUCCAUGCUGAAUACGGCACCUCUGCCCGUGACAAACAUAGUCCUACAGGCCGCUGUACCAAAGUCGAUGAGGGUAAGACUACAGCCACCUUCAGGGACCGAUCUUGCGCCCUUUAACCCCAUCUUUCCCCCUGCCGCCAUCACUCAAGUCAUGCUGCUGGCCAACCCGCUGAGGGAGAACGUUCGCAUGAGGUACAAACUGACGUUCACACUGGGAGAAGAGCAGUGCACUGAAGCUGGGGAGGUGGAUCAGUUCCCCCCAGUUGAGAGAUGGGGCGCUCUAUAGCCUCCCUAAACCCAGAACGGUGCCAGGAACAGCAGUUAGUGUGGUGUCGGUAAACACUUCAGAGACAGUAUUCUGGAAGAAUCAAUGUAUUUGUGAAUGUUUCAUACUAAGUUAUUGAGAGCUAUUAACAUUAUGCCAUGUUUAUAUUAUUUCAUUAAUUUAUUUUUAAACUUCCAGUCUGAACAGAGUUGUUGCACUUUAGAAUGCCAGCCAGAUCUAGUGUUUGGUAUUGCAUCUUCCAUACUGUAAACAUAACUGAGAACUCACUCAUACCAUGUGGUUGCCAAUAAUUGGACAGAGACAAUCCCCAGUUUGUCACUGCUUACCAAAAACAUGACCUGGACUGACUGGUGUAGUCCACCACCUUUGAGUUCGUUUCUAUACCUCAGACGAAAAAGAUGGUACAGCUUAAUGACAGUACAGUUUGCUAAAUGGUGAGUACAUCCUUAAUGUGUUGAGAAGUACUUUGUGAAUAUAUUCAAAUUUGCUAUUUGUAUUUUAAGAGCCGAGUGCUAUUUACCAUUUACUAACAAAAUUGAAAUUCACAUUUGAAAUGUAUUACAUUUUUUUUGUUAGCUGCCUAUUUAUUUCAUUUUGUGAUAUUAUGACACGUUUCCGUUAGAGGUGAUAGCUUGCGAAGAUGUGUGACUGUGAAACCUUCCUUAUUACAUUUUUUAUGUUUUUUUACGACGUGUCUAAUGGAAAUAUUGGUUUCGGGGGAUGAUGGUGACUGAGUGAAGUGGGCUCUGUCUACUGAGAUCAGCUCACUGCAAAAUUCUCUGCAGUCCCAGUCUGCAUGGCUUGGUAGCAGUUGAGUUUGUUGAAAGCUAGGGGUUAACCAAAAGCGAGAGAAAUGUAUUGAGAUAUAUACCAAGUUAUUUGAAUAGGGAAGCUUCUUCGCUCUUUUGCAGCGCAGCUAACCUCAUGUCUGUGUGGAGAUGCAAGAAGGGUGAGAUUAAAGUGUAGCAAUGGGUAACAUUUGUUGACAUGCCCUUGAGCAAGGUACUUAAAUAAUUGCAGUUAACUUUCUUUGGAAAAGAGCAUCUACUUAAUACCUUUUAUUAACUAUACCCUAAACAUCACAUUGCAUUUUAAACAACCCACAGUGUAGGUUUUUUGCCUUUGGUGGUAGGCUACAAUACAAUCUGAAUCAGUAACUCAAUAUAGGGUUACUGAUAUAUGGGUGCCCCUUGUUGUGUAUAAUACAAUGUACAGGGGAAUCUGACAUUCAGCUUUCAGUUAUCGGUAGUUUCACAAUAGAAAUAAUUUCCAGAUUUUGUUUUAAGUUAUUGCUGUAUGUGUGUGUGUGUUAGAUUGUCAAAUGAAUUCAUGUGCAUUGUAUGGUUCUUCAAUGAGAUUUAACAAAAGUGUACUGUAGAGGUAUUUUCAAAGACCUGUUUUACCGCAUGAAGAAUUAAAGUCUUGAUUUUAAAGAA